AUUAGAGAGCUGAUUUUGGAUGGAUCUUUACAUUUAAUUCAAGAAGGCCUCAAAAGUGGUUUCCUGUACCCACUCAUUAAAAAACAGGACAAGUGUAGUAAACCCAUUCCUUUACCACCUGAUACCUGCAGUUUAUCAGGAUUAUGUGAAAUGGCGAAGCAUUUGCCUUCUCUGAAUGAAAUGGAACUUCAGACAUUGCAAUUGAUGGGGGAUGAUGUGUCUGUCACAGAGCAGGAUUUAUUUUCUCGGGUUGUUGAAAACAACUGUAGCUUUUCAAAAAUGAUUACUUUAAUGGGACAGCAAUACCUCCUGCCACCAAAAAGCAGUUUUCUUUUGUCUGACAUUUCUUGUAUGCAACCACUUCUGAACUGUAGGAAAACAUUUGAUGUAAUUGUGAUCGACCCACCAUGGCAGAAUAAAUCAGUUAAAAGAAGUAAUAGGUACAGUUAUUUAUCACCACUACAAAUAAAGCAAAUACCUAUCCCUAAACUGGCUGCCCCAAACUGUCUUGUUGUUACUUGGGUGACCAACAGACAGAAGCACCUGCGUUUUGUGAAGGAAGAGCUUUAUCCUUUUUGGUCUGUGGAGACACUUGCUGAAUGGCAUUGGGUGAAAAUCACCAGUUCAGGAGAGUUUGUGUUCCCAUUAGAUUCUCCACACAAAAAGCCUUAUGAAGGUCUUAUACUGGGGAGAGUUCGGGAAAAAACUCCUUUACCAUUAAGGAACACAGAUGUAAAAGUGCUCCCUAUUCCAGAUCACAAGUUAAUUGUCAGCGUGCCCUGCCUUCUUCACUCACAUAAGCCACCUCUUGCUGAGGUUCUAAAAGACUACAUCAAGCCAGAUGGGGAAUGUUUGGAAUUGUUUGCUCGAAAUUUACAGCCAGGUUGGACCAGUUGGGGCAAUGAAGUUCUCAAAUUUCAGCAUGUGAAUUAUUUUAUUGCUCUAGAGUCUGGACACUGACUGAUCAUAGCUGAAGUAGUGCUUUCUUCAGUGUAUCCUCAUUCCCUUCCUUCAUUCUAACUCAUUAUU